GCUGCCGUGUGCCUCUGCAAAACCUCCCGGAGCCCAGCCGGCCGUGGCCAGCCCUUCCUCCGGGCUCCCUGCAUUUCCACACCGCUUCUGCCCUUGCCUUCGCUGCCUGCUCCUCGCUGCAUUUUACCUCCUCUCCCCUUCCCCGCGUUUUCCCCCUCUGCCUAUUGUUUUAUUGCGAUAUAACCUCGGCGAUCCCAACUUGUGGGCCAAACUUCCCUGCCCCGGCGGGAGACCCGGCCAGGCCCGGCAGCUCGGGGUGCUGCCCGCCUCCCGGCAGGAGCACCAGCGCCUCGAGGAGCUGCCCCCUUCAACAGGUUUGGAGGCUCGUUUUGCAGUGGCUGCACGCUGCCACCAUGGCACCGAGACUCCUGGGAAUGGGGCCCUUCUCCCUCCUCAGCCUUGGGGUCCUGCUCCUGCUCCUGGCUCUCCCUGCUGAUGCUGGGCUCUCUCAGAAGCAUGUCUCAGACGUGGUGGAUGACAGCAAGGACAACAUCACCAUUUUCACACGCAUCCUGGACCGGCUCCUGGACGGCUACGACAACCGCCUGCGGCCCGGCCUCGGAGACAGUGUAACUGAAGUCAAGACAGACAUUUACGUGACGAGUUUCGGCCCUGUCUCGGACACAGACAUGGAAUACACCAUUGACGUCUUUUUCCGGCAGUCCUGGAGAGAUGAAAGGCUGAAGUUUGAUGGUCCCAUGAAAAUCCUUCCCCUGAACAACCUGCUGGCCAGCAAGAUCUGGACUCCUGACACGUUCUUCCACAACGGGAAGAAAUCUGUUGCCCACAACAUGACCACCCCCAACAAGCUGCUGCGCCUGGUGGACAACGGCACCCUGCUGUACACCAUGAGGCUGACCAUCCACGCCGAGUGCCCCAUGCACCUGGAGGAUUUCCCCAUGGACGUGCACGCCUGCCCCCUGAAAUUUGGGAGCUAUGCCUACACGAAGACAGAGGUGAUCUACACCUGGACCCUGGGCAAGGACAAAUCUGUGGAAGUAGCCAAAGGUGGAUCCCGCCUGAACCAGUAUGACCUGCUGGGCCACGUGGUUGGCACGGAGAUGGUUCGAUCCAGCACAGGGGAAUACGUCGUCAUGACCACGCACUUCCACCUCAAGAGGAAGAUUGGGUACUUUGUGAUCCAGACCUACCUGCCCUGCAUCAUGACUGUCAUCCUGUCCCAGGUCUCCUUCUGGCUCAACAGGGAGUCUGUCCCUGCCCGCACAGUUUUUGGUGUCACCACGGUGCUCACCAUGACCACACUAAGCAUCAGCGCCAGAAACUCCUUGCCCAAGGUGGCGUACGCGACGGCCAUGGACUGGUUCAUAGCCGUCUGUUACGCCUUCGUGUUUUCUGCGCUGAUCGAGUUCGCCACCGUCAACUACUUCACCAAGCGCAGCUGGGCCUGGGAUGGCAAGAAGGUGCUGGAGGCCCAGGAGAUGAAGAAAAAAGAGCCGGUGGCGCUGGCCAAGAAAACCAACAACACCUACAACAUCGUUGGCACCACCUACGCCCUGAACAUCUCCAAGGAGCCUGGCCUGCCCACCAUCUCCAAGAGUGCUGCUGCCACUGCCACUGCCACCAGCGUGCCCCCCAAGCUGCCCCGCCUGGAGGAGAAGCUCCCCGAGAGCAAGAAGACCUACAACAGCGUCAGCAAGGUAGACAAGAUGUCCCGCAUCGUCUUCCCAGUGCUCUUUGCCAUUUUCAACCUGGUCUACUGGGCCACCUAUGUGAACCGGGAGUCGGCUAUCAAGGGAAUGAUCCCCAAACAGUAAAACAGGUCACACAAACCUUCCAUCUGUCAGCAUCAUCCCAGCAGGAAUUCUCCAGGGCUUUCUUCUUUUCUUGUUUGGUUUAAUUAUUAUUGUUCAUUUGAUAUUAUGAUUAUGGUUAUUAUGAUUAUUAUUAUUAUUAUUAUUAUGUCACUCUUUUAUAAUGUAAACGAAACUGUGAUUUUAAUUUAAUCCCAUAUAUACUUUGGUUUGGUUUACUUUGAUGAUGAAAGCUAAAAAAAAAAAAUAAUAAGGGAUCAUAACAAGUUGUGCCUCUAACAUCGUAAGUCUGCUGUCACCCAUCUGACCAAGUCCCCCUGUGCUGCCAUCUCUCCUCUGCCACCUCCUGUGGUCCCCAUGGUCUUCAUGCCUCUGCCAUUUCAUGCUCCUUCUCCUGUGGGAUGGGCUGCGCUGGCAUGGGGGAUGCUCCUGGACACCUGGCUGCAGGCUGUGCCACUCACUCAGCCUGGCUCCUGCACCUGGGCUGUUAGUGCAGGUGAGCUGGUCACCUGUGGGGACAGGGGAGCAGCCUGGCAUGGGCCAGCUGGGGCAAUCCUACCCCUGCUGUGGUCCCCAGAGCCUUUGGUGGCAGCAUCUUGUAGUUAUUUCAGGUCUUCUUCCUCUCUGUCUUCACCAAACCCAGCCGGUUUUGUCUCUCCAGACCAGAAGGGCCCUGUCUGGCUGGCAUCCUGCACUCCUGGGGCAGUUUGUAUUAGCAGGAAGUGUGGUUCCCACCAGAGAAUUCAUUUUUCUCAGCCAGGAAGUCCAGGCAGAAGCUUUACAAAGCCUUGGAGGAGAUGGCAGCUGUGGGGCUGCAUGCGCCCAGCAUCAGGCCUGGCAACUACAGAGCCCCUGCUCAGGGGGAUGGUCUGGCACUUCCUUAUGGCCCCAUCCAUUCAUCCUUCUUAGCAGAUCCUCUGUCCCAGACCUUCUUCCAGCCUCCCCCUCACCUUCCUGUGGCUGCUCAGCAGCCCCCAUUGGUGUCUCAGUGCUCACACCUGGGUUUAGGCAGGUCUGAUGAGGAGGAGCCCAGCUGGGGCAGCCCAGCCCAUGGCAAACCCCUGCUCCAGUGCAGGAUGUUCCCUGUGGGACCUGCCAUGGGGAUGAGCCAGGGGAUGGGUGGUCCCCAAGGCUCUCCCUGCCCCUGGCGAGCUGGGGCAUCCCCAGCCCCACAGGAAAACAGCAGGAGGGGCUCUCUGGAAGAGCAGGGUGACACUGCUGUCCCACAGAGCCACCUGAGCCCGGUGCCAUCCCACAGAGCAGCUGAGGCAAGGCCCAGUCUAACACUGCACACUCCUGCAAGGAAAGCCCUCCAGUGCCUUGGAGAGAGGCUUUUUCUCCCUUCCUGACCACCACAGUGCACCCAAAACAGUGUUUGUCCCUUUCCCAGCAGCAGCAGCACAAAGUGGGGACAUCCAAGCCAUCUGUCCCUGGGCACACUGUCCUCCUGCAAGGAGGGACAUCCUGUGCCUGGUGAUUUCUUGGGGUGGCACAGUCCUGCUGCCACAGAGGGGUGCACCCCCUCUUCCUUGGGCCUCCCUCUGCCCCCCAGAGCUGCCCCCAGUGUGUUUUGGGCUCAUGCAGCCAAGCCAAGCCAAGGCCCCAGCACCCCCAGGGUGAUGCCUUCAGCAUUGAUUUGAGCCCCUGUGCCAGGCCUAGCUUCCCCUGCCCCUGCAGGAGCAGGGCUGAGCACAAGGCACAGGAUUUUCCCCACCUGGAAUAUCCAUGGGAGCACCAGGAUGGAGUGAGGAAGGCCGGGGCACUCUGUCCUGCCGGGGGUG